AUGGAACCUUCAUCUUCCUCUUCAGGUUCCAUGAAAGUUUCGCCGCUCGAUCUGAUGUCAGCGUUAAUCAAGGCCAAAAUGGACCCUUCCAACGCCUCCGCCGCCGAAAUUGCCGCCAUCCUUCUCGAGAACAAAGAGCUCGUUAUGAUUUUAACUACCUCCAUUGCCAUGCUCGUCGGUUGGGUUGUCGUUUUGGUCUGGCUUAGUUCCGGUUCUCAGAAACCUAAGCAAAUCGUUCCUCCUAAGCCUUUGAUUGUUAAAGAUCACGAUGCCGAAGUCUAUGAUGGCAAGCAGAAAGUCACCAUAUUCUUCGGUACUCAAACCGGUACCGCCGAAGGCUUUGCCAAGGCUCUAGCUGAGGAGGCAAAAGCACAGUACGACAAGGCGAUGUUUAAAGUUGUGGAUUUGGAUGAUUAUGCAGCUGAUGAUGAUGAAUACGAGGAGGAGAUGAAGAAAGAGAAUUUGGCGUUUUUCUUCUUAGCCACAUAUGGAGAUGGCGAGCCGACUGAUAAUGCAGCUAGGUUCUAUAAAUGGUUCGCUGAGAUAAAUGGAAAAGAGCGGGGAGAAUGGCUACAGAACAUGAAGUACGAAAUUUUUGUCCUUGGAAACAGACAGUAUGAACAUUUUAACAAGGUUGCAAAGGUGGUUGAUGACAUCCUUGCUGAGCAGGGAGCGAAGCGCCUAGUUCCUCUGGGUCUUGGAGAUGAUGACCAAUGCAUUGAAGAUGACUUUACAGCAUGGCGUGAAUCAGUGUGGCCCGAGUUAGAUCAGCUUUUGCGUGAUGAAGAUAACGCAACAACUGUUUCUACUCCAUACACUGCUGCUGUUUUGGAUUACCGUAUUGUAUUUUAUGAUCCUACAAAUGCACCUGUUCAGGAUAAAAACUGGAGCAAUGCAAGUGGACACACUAAUUAUGAUGCUCAACAUCCAUGCAGGUCUAAUGUGGCUGUGAGGAAGGAGCUUCAUACUCCUGCGUCUGAUCAUUCUUGCACCCAUCUUGAAUUUGAUAUUGCUGGCACUGGACUUUCAUGCCAAGUGCUGGUAAUUGCAAGUUUUCCUUUUAACAUCAUAGAUAACUUUGCCUACUUACAGUUGUCUUCCUUUUCAGAUAUGAAACAGGUGAUCAUGUUGGUGUUUACUGUGAGAAUCUAG